AUGUCCUCACCCUCCUCUCGCUUCUCCAUCGACACUUCGGUGACCACACCCACAUCUCCAACCUCAACACGUUCUGGCUACCCUUUCCCGGAGAGUCUCCAUCGCCAAGCACCCACCAACCGAUAUGCGCCGCGUCGAGGCAGCAAUGCCAGCACAAUCUCCGUCGGAUCCGUAGGAGGGAGUCUCGAUCUCCACAGUCCUCGCCGGAGCAGUAGCGUCCGCGAUACAAUUCACAAUGCCAUCUCCACCCUCCUCCAGCCGCCGAUCAUGCGGACGGGUCUGGUCGCACAUCCUUCUGCUCCACCAGGCUACAAGGCUCCGACCACACGUGACAUUCCUCCAGUGACGUUGACCAAUAUCCCUCACGUGCCUCCAGAGAACUUCCGCGAUUAUUUAAGUAGGAUUGGUCCGUUGUUCGAUAGCUUCCAGCGAGGUUGGAUAGAGCCGGAGCAGUCGGCAUGGCUCAAGAAGGACAAGGAGUUGGAGAAGACGGACCGGUUUGCGGAGGCACUGGAGAGGAGGUUCAGUAGCAGUGGUCCGCCUUCGCCAGCACUUUCGCGGACCACGUCGAUGGCAACACUGUCGCCGGCAAUAGAGACCCCUGGAGGUGCGCCAGGUCAGGCUAAGAGACGGCCUAGCGCACAAGCCAGACGGAAUCGGAACGAGCCUACGCCAUUAUCUACCAUACCAAAUGUUUACUUUGACGAUGACUUUCACCUGGAGAACCCGCGAACAUUUGAUGUGGUGUCCGAACGAGCGGAAGUAAUCAGGCCAGCACCCGGGAGCGAGCAGAACGGUGCACCACGAAAACCAAUCACGACGAAUGCCAUCUUGCAAGAGAAGCUCAGUUGGUACAUGGAUACGGUGGAAGUCCAUCUAAUCUCUAGUAUAAGUACUGCGUCAUCUGGCUUCUUUGCAGCUUUGGGCAGUCUGAAGGAGUUGCAAACGGAAGCGGAAGAGAGUGUGGCCAAGAUACAAGGAUUGCGGGCAGAUCUGAAACGGUUGGAUGAGAAAGUGGCAAUGCGAGGGUUGGAUGUAGCGUCGAAGAGGAGACGGAAGGCAAAUAUUGGGAAGUUGGCCAAGGCGACGAGGCAGGUUGAGAGAGUUGUGGAGGAGGUGAAGCGGGCGGAUGAGCUGGUUGACGAGGGAGAGUUUGAGGAGGCCGCGGAUCAGAUGGAUAGGGUGGGAAGGUUGGUGUGUGGUCAGGUCGAGCCGGGUGCUGGUGGUCCGGACAACGAUUUGAUCGACUUGAGACCUUUGAAGGCGUUGCAAGGAUUGGACUCGGGAUUACAAGAGCUACAAUACCGCAUAGACGCAGGCUUUGCACAACGCUUCGUCUCGAUAUUGAUAGAAGACCUACGACAACAUGUGGAGAAGGUAUCGUCAACAGAUACCUUGAAACGAUGGUCAAGGCAACGAGGCAUUCCGCCAACGUAUCUAGAAAGUACAGCACGAUUUAGAGAAGAUCUGAUGGCGGCGCUGGAUGGACUACAGCGAGCAGGUCACACCGCACCUGCGACGGCGGCGUACCGUGAAGCUGUGCAGAGGGAGAUGAAGGCUCUUAUACGAAAGCAUUUGCCAGCCAGCACAGACGACGAUGUGGAUAGCAUGGUCUCCACUUCCACGCGAGGGGGCACAAAGUUGAGUCAGCAGGAGAAGAGCACGAUCUUGGCUCGGAAUUUGCGAGCUCUAGAGCCAGAAGAUGCUGAGAGUCUAUUAAUCAAGGUCUACACUGCUGUGGGUGAAGCCCUGAGACGAGUCAGCACGCAGACGAAAGUGCUACUUGAUGUCACGAGUAGUAUGGAUGCGCCAUCAGCUCCUACUUCCCCGCCGAAGUCACCUGGUCUGCUGCCCAGGAGUGCUAUCCUUGGCAGUAUGGACGCACAACUCAUGAACGGUGCUCUGAACGGCGCGCCGAAACAUCCUUCCCGAGAUGUUCAGGAAGAACUCUCGCAAGCCCUCGAUAUGUCCAGCCUCCUUGGCCAAGCCGUUGAUGCCGCCCAGGCACAAAUCACCAAAGUCCUCAAAGUCCGCAAUGAGCAGUCCGUCCGCCUCUCCAUCGAGCGCUUUUUACGAUACUUCACUCUCAACCGCCUUUUCGCAGACGAGUGCGAGGCCGUUAGUGGUCGUGGCGGUGCGACGCUGAAGGGGAUUAUCAACGCGCAGAUAUCGGGUUUUGUGCAGGUUAUGGGCCAGAUGGAGGGUGAGCGGGUGGCGAAUGGGCUAGAUGGCGAGGAGUGGAAUGCGAAGGACUUUGGGGAGGCGGAUGAGAUCGUGUUGGGUAGGGUGCUGGGGAGUAUGGGAAAGGAUCCUGUUGAGUGGGCGGAGGGGGUGAGACCCGUGUGGUUGGAUGUUGGAUCUGCGGCUCCAACGAAUCGGCAGAAUGGUGCGGGUACCGCCGAGCAGACGAACGGUACCGCGACGCCAGAGACUAAUGGCACCCGUCCCGCCCUACCCGCCCCAGCACCAACCACGACAGGACCCAAACUGCCUUCCAAACCAGCCUUCAUAGACGCCAACCGCUAUAUCCUCGUCGCUUCCGCCAUCGCCCUCCUCCCGACCCUCGAACGCUUCCUAUCCCUGACCUACCACCUCCCCUCCAUGACCUCCACCAUCUCCACCGCCCUCCUCGACGUCCUCCGGAUCUUCAACUCCCGCUCCUCGCAACUUAUCCUCGGGGCUGGUGCAACACGUAUAGCGGGGCUGAAAAACAUCACGACCAAGCACCUUGCUCUCAGCAGUCAGGCUUUGAGUUUUGUGGUAGCGUUGAUACCGUAUCUACGGGAGUGCGUGAGGAGGCAUAUCGGGGGCGAUAAGAGUGGAGUCGGGAGCGCGAAUCUACUGGCCGAGUUCGAUAAGACGAAGCGGACGUAUCAGGAGCAUCAGGUGAGUAUUCAUGAGAAGUUGGUGGAGAUUAUGACGAGUCGGAGUGCGAUGCAUGUCAAGACUAUGCUUAGCUCAGCCUAUACUGCACCGCCUCCGGACACGAAGUCCACCGACGACGACCCGACGAAGCCGAGCCAAUACAUGGAUACCCUCACUAAAGAAACUACCACGCUCCAUCGUGUGCUUUCGAGGCAUCUGAGUGAAUAUGAUGUUGGAUUCAUUAUGAGGAGGAUUUUCGAGGCGUACAGGGAGCAAUGGACGAGGGGGUUUGGGGAGGUCGAGGUUGUGGGGAGGGUCAUGCAGGGCAGGUUGGUUAGGGAUGCGGAGGGUUUUGAGAGUCGGUUGGGGAAGAUUGAUGGUGGGGGGGAGGUGGGGAAGGAGGUUUUGGCGGUUGUUAGGGCGAAGGUUGGGUGA